AUGAUGACGCUGGACCCGGCCUCAUUCAUCAACGUCAGCAUCACCGAACUGGAUCUGUCGUACAACCGUCUGCAGAGCUUGGACCCGUUCGUCUUCUUGCCACUCAACCAGUCACUUCGCAACUUGAAGAUCGGCGGUAAUCCGCUGCAACCAAUUCGACGUGGCGGACAUCCCCAUCGGCCGCGACCAGCACUUCCAGACGGAUCUCUUCUCCUUCCAUCACGGAAUGCGGAUCUCUCCGGCACUUCCUUCAAUUACCUAUCAGUCGAGGUGAUCCGCUCGCUACCGUCGCUCCGCGAGCUGGACUUGUCGUACAACAAACUAUCGAGCUUGACGGAUCUCUCGCUCAGCGCCCUGUCGGCGCUUCAGAGCUUACGCCGGAUCUACUUGCACGGGAAUCCGUGGUACUGCGACGCCUGUGUCAUUGGCCCGAUGCUCAAGUGGCUGGACAUUUCACCUGCCAGCCGUCACAUCAAGUACGGCUGCCGAGGAUUAAAGACCAACGCCGGCAACUUGACGGCCGACUACAUCGACGACGACGGGGCUCAGCCGUGCCCAAUUUGUCAAGAUCCGCCGGCGGUGGCCGGAGUCGAAUUGCCUCGACUGGAUCACGUCAAUCUGCCGACGUGCAACUAUCCGCCCAUGCUCAUCGAUUCGCAAGGGCUGCCCAGCAAGCCGGCCACUGCCGCCGGAGCCACUUUGACGCCCAUGGGCCGCUUUGUCAUCUUCCUGGAGAAUCCGCUCUAUCUGGCGCUUGUCUGUGGCGUCGGGGUGCUGGCCGUAGCGGCCGUCUGCGCCGCUUUCGCCGUAGUGUCACGCCACGCCGCCUCCUACUACACGAACGAAGAGAAGCGGAACAAGAUCGGGCAGAUGGCCCACUCGAGAGCGAGCGAAGAAUCGGAGGAUUUGUUCCCGCUAACGGCCAGGGGACAGUGGCAUCGAGGGCGCAUCCUCACCAAAGACGAGAGCAGCAACAAGGGGAACAGGAGCGAUCAGCUCAAGAAUGUGAUCGAGAUCGAAAGCCAACAGCUCAGCAAAAACAACAACGGUCGAGCGAAGAGCGACACGGCGUCAGAGCAAGUCCUGCCGUCGCCAAUAACGAGGGCCAGUAAUAACGGGGCAGUGACCAUAAACGUCACGAGUCGUGGUGUCAACUGCCCCGUCAUCAACGCCUAUCCUUUGUCGACUGACCAUCACGACCGCUCACUCUUUUGA